AUGAUAAAUAAAUCAAGUAUAUUAACCACAUUUGUUCGUAAUGAAAUAAAACGACGACAAAUUGAUCUUGAUGCAGCAAUUAAUCCUGAUGGUCAACAGAUUGUAAAUGACAUUAUUUAUUCGCCUCAAUCUCAUAUUGGUUUAACAAUCAAACAAAUUAAAAAAAUACGUUCAUUGCAAAUUAAUCAAUUUGAAUGGAAAUUAAUAGAAUCAUUGUCCAAUGUUUUAGCUCCAUUCUAUUUUGCUACGAAAUGCUUAUCUGGUCGUCAGUAUCCAACAUUAUAA